UUUUAUUUGAGUAAUCACUAUAUUCAUAGUAGCUAAUAAAAUGCUUUUGAAAUUUGAGAUAUAAUUACAAGUGCUUGUUAAUUAAUAUACGCGGAAGGAAACGAGUUUAAAAGUUUUUUUAAAUUUCAAAUUUUGCACCAGACAAAAAAAUGAGUUCAUAACAAACGACAAAAACAUAAUUACGGUGAACUAUGAAAUAGUUUCCUUCAUUAAUUAUCCAUCACUUUGCCGAAUGAAAUUUUAAAAAAUGACUCGAAAUCAAGUAAUAUGCAUUAUAGCACUGCGUGGCAUAAAUCCGCAUUCAUGUCACGCCUAUGAGUGGCAUAAGUGGUCCUUUAUUGCACCGUUAACAAACAGAGGGAAAAAGGAAAGAGCUCGUCAAAAUCAUUGUUUAAAAAUCAUAAGCUUAACUUGUAAACAUCUAAGAACCUUAACAAACAACUUUCCAACACUUGAUAUUUUUAAUAUCGUCCUGAUACGUGACGAUAAUAUCGGAAGAAAUUUUAGAAAAAGUUAACUGUCCUUUCAACUUCGAAAUCAACUUACCUCUUUCGAUGUCUUCCUUCUAAAGUAAAUUCUCUGCUGUCGCUUCAACAACAACUGCGCAUCGAAGCGUAGUCGAUGAAAACGGUGACGGGAGACAACACCAACAAAUUACCAUCGCGGGUGCGCGCUUCAAUCCAAUUUCCGUUCUCCUCUGCUCCUCUUUCUCCUACUCUUCAUUCCUCUCCCUCUCUUAACCCUUUCUCCAACUCUCUUUCGCUCAAAUUACACAGUAACUCGAGUAGCGAGUCAAUCGCGGAGUUGCUUUGUAUAUACCUCGCGAAUUGGCUGCUGAAGGCUGUAAAGCACAGAUUUUUGACACAUGACACUUGCCAUUAUUCGCAUCGUUUGCGAGCCAGUCCGUAAUUUUGUGGAACGUUAAUGUGAUUAAGGCAAAAAUUAAGCUUCAAACUUUUCACGUUUCAAAUUCUAUCAUUUAUAAGAGCAAAGAACUUUACAAGGCUAUGAAUGACUGACCCAUCGAUUAUCAUAAACAUGAAUUUUGAAAUCAUCCGCUCAAAUCCUGUUUAACAAAGCUUCAUCUGAAAGAGAAACUUUCUGACUAAUAAGAGUUGGAGCCUCAUUUCAACGAAAUGAAUGUAUAUUUCUUUUAUCUCUGCUAAGCUGUAUGCUAAGUAAUCGACAUUUAGUAGCUUACCAAAUAUUUCUCUAGUAAUUAUGUAUAGAAGAAAUAUCUGGCGACUUUUGACUUUAGUUGUUCUAUUAACUUAUAUUUUGUAGUUCUCGGAAUUCAUGUAUCUAGACACAAAAACGAAGAGACCAUUAGGAUGCGAAUAGAAUGAUUUCCAUCUUAUUUUGAGAGUAGCGUGAUUACAAAAAAUCAAUACUAUAUUGAAGGAAAGAUAUUAUUUUCAUGAAGAGAAUAAUUCGGAAUCUUGUAAUUUGAGUGUUAUUAUUAAAGUUUCCAAAUCAUUAGUGUCACGGAUCAUAUAAUUUCGUGAUAAAAUAUUCGGACUGUUUGGUAAAACUUAUAUUGAAAAUUAAUUUUGUAUUCUAUAUUAACUCUCGAAAGAUAAUUUUAUCGUUAUUAUUCACUUGAUAAUUCAUCAUCGAGAGAUUUGAAUACAAUCUUAGCUAAAAUUAAUACGCAAAACAGUUAUCAAACAAAAAAAAAACUGCAUCGAAGCAUGCGAUUGUGAGCAUUUAAUUUGAAUUACUUCUUUUAACAACUUUAUAUUGUUACGAUUAAAUAUUUGCGAACUAAUUUGCAAAUAUACUACUUACACGGAAUUCUAAAGAAAUGUUUUGUACUUUUAAGUAUAAUGACGUCUUCCUUUAUACGUUAGGUUGUCUUGGGCUUUUCUAGCUCAACUAAACGCCAAUGUUUCAUCAGCUGAUUCUCGCACAUGAAAGUUGGAUAAAAACGCGACCAGAUGAAGGUCGUACGUAAUAGCGAGGUAUCUACGUUGAAUUCUUGCGGUCACGAAUCUCUCGACGAGUAGCAUUGACUUUCAAACUUUGCACCGAAUAUAUGGUGUAAAGAUGAUGAUGGAUUGCAGAUGGUGGAUUUGUGCGAACUUUUGAGACGCAUAUAAUUUCUGAUUGCAUCAUUCAUCUAAGAGGUUGCGGAAGUAACUGUAAACUUUAAUACUUGAAAUAAAUUUCUUUUUUACAUCAUUUUUUUUGUUUAUCAUGCAUGGCGUAAAGACGGGUGUACCAAACUAUUCUAUUUUAAAGUUUUUAUGUAAUAAAAUAAAUUUUAAAAAUCUGCUACUUCUACAAUAGUAUAAAUACAAAAUGUUAUUGAUCUGGGUGCAAUUUUAUUUACGAUGUUUAAAUUCACAACAAUGUUCGAAACAAUUAAAAUAAGUCCGAGCAAAAGGAAAAAAGCGAAUGAUCUAUAAUAACGAUAAAAUGAACAACAUUUAUACUGUAAUCAUCUUUCAAGUAUAAAGUACCAAUUACAAUCUUGCAACCUCCUCGACUCCCCGCGAGAUUUCCUGUUGCAUCGGAAGCUUGCGCGGAUGCCUAUAUGGGGGAAGCAAAAAAGUCGUGCAUCCCGUCCGAGCAGUGUGCGCGAGAGGAAGGAGAAAGCCGAAAGAGAAGGGAAGGGCGCUAGUGGCUAUUGGCAUCGCGCCGACGUAUAAGAACUCGUGAGACCGUCCUCUGGCUUUUAUUCACGAGUUGGUCCCUGAUUUACGAGCCCCAAGAAUUGAUCGCUACUUUCGACUCAGUGAGAUCUCGAUUCAUCACGCUUCAUGUCGUCACAGUUUCACGCGACCAACGCUAUUGCUACAAUAUUUUCGCCGAAUUUGUACACACAAACAAGAGUUCAUCUUUCUUAGUGCCGUUCAAUCGCAUUGCUUGACUUUCUUGUCUUUUUCUUAUCGUGAUUGCUUUUUUGAAGUGUAAUUUUGAAUUAUGUUGGCAAAGAAAACGAUGUUGAAGAACGAUCCAAAACUCAUGAGCGGCGGCAAUUACAUCAAGGAAGGCAGGGACUCGGCUAAAGGUACCUGCCUGAUCUUCUCGCCGAAGGAGGAGGAUGAAGUUGGCGCUCUAGGGCGCUAUCUCCAACUUUUUGCUAAAUACGAAGUCAACCUAUUGCACAUCGAGUCUAGAAGCAGCUUGCGUCAGGCCAAUGGCUACGAAUUCAUGGUGGAAUGCGCUCCCGGCGGUAAUUUGGGGGCCGUUGUUGAAGCCCUUCAGGAGCAAUGCGGAUACUUCUCGAUUAUAUCAAGAAACUACCGCGACAACAUGGGCACAGUGCCGUGGUUUCCGCGCAGGAUCCGCGAUCUUGACAAGUUCGCCAACCAGAUUCUGUCCUACGGUGCCGAGCUCGACAGCGACCAUCCUGGCUUUACCGAUCCGGUUUACCGCGCCAGGCGAAAGUACUUCGCGGACCUCGCUUACCACUACAAACACGGACAGCCGAUUCCGAGAGUCGACUACACAGAGGAGGAGAUAAAGACUUGGGGAACGGUGUUUAAGAAGCUGACCGAGUUGUAUCCCAAAUUCGCUUGCAGAGAACACAAUCACGUGUUUCCGUUGCUGAUUGAAAACUGCGGCUACAGGGAAGACAAUAUUCCACAGCUCGAAGACAUCUCGAAUUUCUUAAAAGACUGCACGGGAUUCACGCUACGGCCGGUGGCUGGGCUCUUGUCAUCUCGAGACUUCCUCGCGGGCUUGGCCUUCCGCGUAUUCCACAGCACGCAGUACAUCAGGCAUAGCAGCCGACCGCUCUACACCCCCGAACCCGACGUCUGCCACGAGGUACUCGGGCACGUGCCGCUCUUUGCUGAUCCGGCCUUCGCCCAAUUCUCUCAGGUCAUAGGACUAGCCUCGCUCGGUGCACCCGACGAGUACAUUGAAAAACUUGCCACGUGCUUCUGGUUCACGGUAGAGUUCGGCCUGUGUCGGCAGAAUGGCGAACUCAAGGCUUACGGAGCCGGUCUGCUCUCGUCGUUCGGCGAGCUUGAGUACAGUGUAAGUGGCAAGCCGGAGUUGCGCGCUUUCGAUCCCGCAACCACUGCAGUGCAGAAAUACCCAAUCACCGAGUAUCAGCCAGUUUACUUUGUCGCCGAGAACUUUGAGGACGCCAAAGAGAAGAUGAUAAAAUUCGCUGAAUUGAUCCCAAGGAAUUUUGGCGUCAGAUACGACCCGUACACGCAGACAAUCAGUAUAAUCGACAGUAAAUAUCAAGUCGAAGAAUUAGUCCACAACGUCAAUCAAGAGAUGCAGACUUUAAUGAAUGCUCUAAAGAAGUUAAAGAAUUAAGCAAGCAGCAUAUACUGUAUUAUUGCGCAUGA